GCCAAGGGUGCGUUGAGCGUUCCAAUUGUACACCCAAUCUAAGACCAUCUCUGAGCCUGCCCGCCCUUAGCUCUCGCGGUUCUCAUGGUACGAAUACUACCCUUGCGUGCUUCCCGUGCAGCGUAUCUCGCAGCAUCCGGCGUAGCUGGAGCACUCACAUUUGAGACGAAAACUGACUCCGAGCCUGUAGAGAGUUCUCCCGGUGGCAACGAUGUACGUUCGACAGAGCACUCGACCAGGAACGUCCUCGACAUAAACUUGCCGGACAAAGUAGGUCCAACCAUUCACACCGCCUUCCCCAUAUACCCAAAACCAAACAGAGGACUCAUUCUCCUGGACACACCUUCCCCACUCGAACUACAGAUCGGACAAUUAAGGAGGGAAGUAUGUGGGUACUACACUGACGUGCGUGCGAACGUACAAGGCGUCGUAGAUCAAUGGAUUCACGUGGAGAACAUGGUCGAAUCUCGCCUCAAAUCAUUCCGUGACCCAACGGAACCACUCAACCCUGGGCUUCUUUACACUGGUAUAGCUGCACUCACAACUUCCAUAUUCACGCGUUCCCGCACCCUACCAACACGGCUCCUCCUGCCGCCCCUCUCCCUCCUUGGUGCGUUCUCCUAUUUCCUUCCGCGCACUGCCCACCGUGUCGGCUCCUACGCAGAGGAACUCGAGGGCCGGUACGCCCCGAGAGUAGGUGAAAUGAGGCAGACGGGUGUCGCACACACACAGAUCACGGUAGAACGGAUACGGGAGAGUGCUAGGGAAGGGAAGGAAGCGGUUGGGAAGAGCGCGAGGAGCCUUGUGGAAGCGAUUGAGAGCGCUACGGGAUUGAAGCUUGGAGAGGUACUCGGGAAGGACGGGGGGAAGGAAAGUAGAGAGAAAAAGGCUUAGUUGUUACGAGCACCUUUGCAUGUGAGUGGGUGGAUCGUUUUAGAGGGGCUGCGUCGUAAGCACAUGCAAAGCACAGUUUGACUUGCGGUUCAAACUUGAAACGGCACUAGUCCAAACUGACUGCUUACAAUGAGCAACAACACACCAGUUACAGGCACACAAAGGUUAUGUGCCACGAACUUGGAGCUUCCAGCUUCAUAUGUAGCUUGGCUAGAUCACAUAGAGCAGUGUGUAUACUCAAAAUGUGUGAAUAGUAAAGGGAUCACAGCGGGAAAGUCCCCUUGCUCAACCAACCCCCGACAUGUCACGUGACAUUACCGGCGGCAUUAUUUUG